AUGGAACUUGGAAGAAUUAUUGCAGUUCCUAUCAAAAGUAGGCCAGAAUUUCCAUUUGGUAUAACAGAUUGGCUUGUUGACGAGUUUUGGGUUGAUGACAAUUCUACUAUUUUAGAUCUGGGAGCAGGUACGGGGAAGUUGAUUCCUCGAACAAAAGCUGCUCAUCCUAAGAAGAUUAUCUCUGUGGACCCUGAAGAGAGUAUGCUAAAAGAGCUGCAAAAGAAAUAUCCAACGGUAGAAACAUUAGUAGGCUCGGCAACGCAGAUUCCUUUACCAGACGAAAGCAUAGACUUGAUUUUAUGUGGUAACUCCUUCCAUUGGUUUGCCAAUCCAAAAGCACUGCAGGAGAUGCAUCGUGUUUUGAAGCCAAGGGGAGCCCUAGGUCUUGUUUGGAAUGUCCGAGACGAAUCUGUACCUUGGGUAGAAAAAAUAAAUAAACUAUUGGACAAGUAUCGUGCGGGAACACCAUCAUUCAAUUCUUGGGAAUGGGCCCAAUUAUUUCCUGGACACGGCUUUCAAAAGGCUCGCUACUGUGCUUUUCCUUUUGCUCAUUGCUCUGUACCAGAGAAUGCCAUCUAUAAAAUGGUUUUUUCUUUAUCUUACAUGUGCACCCUUUCUGAAGAGGAAAAAGAAACAGUCAAAGCUGAGCUCGACAAAAUCACAGAAACGGUGCCUAGAGUGCAAAACACAAAUCAAAUCAAAUUCCCUUACCAGACGAUGGCCUUCAGCAUAGAAAAGGAGUGUCCCAAAAAAGCAUAA